AUGGCGGUCGCAGCGAUCCCGCCCUCCUUCUACUCCCCCUAUCUCGACGACCAGCUCAGCAAGCUCGCCGCCAAGCAGAUCCCAUGGGAGCGUGCGAAGCUCCUGUCGCAGGAGGAGUGCACUCUGCUGCGCUCUCUUGAGAAGAUCCAGCGCGGCUCCGUGUUCGCGAAGCAGGGUGCCGAGUACGCCAAGCUGUACAUCGACUUAUUGCGCAAGCUGCAGCGCGUCGACACGGUGCAGGCCGUUCUCGCGAGCAUUUCCAACAUGCUCGCCGACCCCGACACGCUGCACUACUUCCACGACCUCUCCAAGGACGACCCGCUCGACCCCUACCAGCCGAUCGUCAAAUGUCUCACUAUGGACACUGAGGAGGAAUUCGUCCACCUCGAGAGCCUCAGGAUACUGGCCCUUCUCAUUGCCCGUAACCAGCCCCGCGACAUCGCUGCUCAAGCGCUGAAUGCCGUUCUUAUCAAGAAGCAGUUCAGGACCGCCGUCUGGAAGGAGGGAGGAUGCAUCUCUGGGAAGUACGACAUUGUCAACCUCUUCCUCGAGCUGGCGAAGAGCGCCGUCAAGGAGAAGGUCACCCGUGUCAUCGUCGCUACAUGGCGCAACCUCCUCGAGAUUGCGCCCAAGGAGAACGUUCCGUCCAUGUUCGUUGUGCGCCUUCUUCCCUUCAUCCAGUCGCUCAGUGACCGCAAGUGGUCCGACGAGGACAUUGUUGAGGACAUCGGCUACCUGAAGGAGGAGCUGUCGACACGCCUUGAGGGUCUGACUACGUUUGAUGAGUACGUCUCGGAGCUGGAGACGGGACAUCUUGUGUGGUCACCGGCACACGAGUCGGAUGACUUCUGGCGCCUGAACGCUUCGCGCAUCGGUAACGAGGACGACGGCAAGCUUGUGAAGCGACUCGUCGAGCUGCUGAAGACGAGCACGGACCCGCUUGUUCUGGCUGUCGCCGCGAACGACGUCGGCAAGUUUGUCAAGCACGGCGGCGACCGCGCAAAGAACAUGAUCGGCGAGCUCGGCGGCAAGACGCGCGUCAUGGAGCUCAUGGCCAACGAGAACCCCGACGUCCGGUACUACGCGCUCAUGGCCGUGCAGCAGCUCAUGAGCAUGCACUAA